CCUCUGUCCUCUCUCCCUCUGUACAGUACAAUGUGUUUCCCGCACGCAGGACAGAGAAGAGACGUCUCUGAAACAGCCUCUUCUCCCACAAACAGAAGGAUCUCACCCUCAAACUCCAAGUUAUCUGCAUUUCUCCCCCAGCUACAGGUUUAAGUCUGAACUCCUCACCUGUGAGAGGAGCGGUGGUAACAAGGAAGUAGAGAAGUGUCUGUGGGCCGUCAUGACUGUGCUUCAAGUCCUCUGCUGUUUGCUGUUAACCUAUCACAUCAGUGAAGGGAAGAAAAUCAAAGGGAACGGAGCAGGGGACACAGAGUGGAGCCCGGUCCUGAAGGGGAUGGAGCCCUUUGUCAGCAGCUCGCUCUUCGGCCUGUUUUUAGAAGGUGAGGACACCUGCACACUGGACCCUCUGCAGCUGCACACUCUUACCUCCUGUGGCUUCAACAGCAGUAAUCCCCUCAUCAUCAUCACUCACGGGUGGUCGGUGGAUGGGAUGAUGGAGAGCUGGGUGCUCAGGUUAGCCACAGCCCUGAAGACCAACCUGAAAGACGUCAACGUGGUGAUCACUGACUGGUUGUCCCUGGCUCACCAGCACUACCCCACUGCUGCACAGAGCACCCGCACUGUGGGAAAGGACAUAGCUCACCUGCUGCACUCACUUCAGGAGCAGUACCAGUUCCCAGUGAGAAAAGCUCAUUUGAUUGGCUACAGCCUUGGCGCCCACAUCUCUGGAUUUGCAGGAAGUUACCUGGAAGGUCCGGACAAGAUUGGAAGAAUCACUGGCCUGGAUCCAGCAGGGCCACUAUUUGAAGGCAUGUCUCCCUCAGACAGACUCUCCCCAGAUGACGCUGAAUUUGUGGACGCCAUCCACACCUUCACCCAGGAACGUAUGGGCCUCAGUGUGGGCAUCAAACAAGCAGUGGCCCAUUAUGACUUUUACCCUAACGGAGGAGACUUCCAACCAGGAUGCGACCUGCAAAGCAUUUACGAGCACAUAACCCAGUACGGGCUUAUGGGUUUCGAGCAGACAGUGAAAUGUGCUCAUGAACGCUCCGUCCAUCUCUUCAUUGACUCCCUGCAGAACAAAGACAAGCAGAGCACGGCCUACAGCUGCAAAGAUACGAGCGCCUUCGACCACGGCGCGUGUCUGGACUGUCGGAAGAACCGCUGCAACACACUGGGCUACGGUAUCAAGAAGGUUCCCAGUGCAAGAGAGAAGAGGCUCUACCUGAAGACGCGCCCUCGGAUGCCUUACAAACUCUAUCAUUACCAGUUCAGGAUCCAGUUUGUCAACCAGAUGGAGCAGAUGGAGCCCUCUCUCAGCAUCUCCCUCACCGGAACGCAGGAGGAGAGUGGAAACCUCCGCAUCUCCUUCACUGAAAAGAUCACGGGUAACAAGACCUACACCUUCCUGAUCACCCUGGACCGAGACUUGGGUGAUCUGAUGUUGCUCAGGUUGCAGUGGGAGCGACCGGCCCUGUGGAGGAACGUGUGGAGCCGGGUGCAGACCAUCAUGCCCUGGGGCGGCCGGGUGGGAGAACCGCUGCUGACUGUGAAGAAGAUCAGCAUCAAAUCCGGCGAGACGCAGAAGAGGACCUCUUUUUGUGCCAUGAGAGACAACGAGCAGCAUGUUGAGAUGUCGCAAGACAAAGUGUUUGUGCGCUGCGCAGACGAGAAGCCAAGAAAGCGCCGAAGAAAGCUCAACCAGUAGAUCUGUGUGGGUUCGUUCCACAGACUCAAGAUCUCUAAUGUCCCACCAGGUCACAACGGGAUGAGAUUCUGUUAAGCAGAUUUAGGGAGCACAUUAGAAAUCAUUAAUUUUAUUGUCUGAAAGAUGUGGCACUAAUCUAAUGUUACACAUAGUGUUGCUGUGGAGAGAAAGCACACUAGCAACUUUUGUAAACUGUGUUUACAAUUUGCAGGAACAUGGUGUUUGAGUAUAUGAUGUAAUUUUUGCUGAGAUUUACAUCUCUGUCCAGAAACAAAUGUCUUCAGCAGAUGAACCUUUGCCAAUUUAAAUAUUAACCAGACAGUGAACAGUCAGAAGUUCAACGGCCUUUUUCUGACUUUCAUUCCAGAGUGUACAUGCAUUUUUUAAGUGUCUAAUGUUCUAUGUAAAAUGAUCAAUCUCAUCAUUUAAAAACUAACACAAGUCUUGCCAAUAACUUUAUAUGAAUAUAUUUUUACUCAAAUUCAAACCAAAGCAAUAAAUCUAUACCUCUUUUCUAUUCUA